GCGCGUCAUUGAACGGAGCCCAUGAUGGCGGCGCUGGGUGCGAGUGAAGUGAUCGCCCAGCUGGAGAGCGCUGCCAAAGUUUUAAUGGCUCCGCCGUCCAUGGUAAACACUGAACAACGGCAGCACGCGGAGCACAUCUUCCUGUCAUUUAGAAAAUCCAAAUCACCAUUUGCUGUCUGCAAACACAUAUUAGAAACUAGCAAAGUGGACUAUGUUCUUUUUCAAGCUGCCACGGCAAUAAUGGAAGCGGUUGUAAGAGAAUGGGUCCUUUUGGAAACAAGUAGCAUUGAAUCACUCCGAACAUUCCUUCUAACAUAUGUUUUACAAAGACCGAACCUGCAGAAGUACGUGCGAGAGCAGAUUCUAUUGGCGGUAGCAGUCAUAGUGAAAAGAGGCUCUUUAGAUAAAUCCAUUGACUGCAAGAGCAUUUUCCAUGAAGUCAGCCACUUAAUAAGCAGUUGUAAUCCCACGGUACAAACCUUGGCGUGUUCCAUUCUGACAGCACUUCUAAUAGAGUUUUCCAGUUCAAGUAAAACCAGUAACAUUGGCCUUAGCAUGGAGUUUCAUGGCAACUGUAAAAGAAUAUUUCAGGAAGACGAUCUCCGGCGAAUCUUCAUGUUAACGAUAGAAGUGCUGCAGGAAUUCAGCCGACGGGAAAAUCUUAACGCACAAAUGUCUUCAGUGUUUCAGCGCUAUCUUGCACUAUCCAAUCAAGUUUUAAGUUGGAAUUUCCUGCCUCCAAAUUUGGGCAGACAUUAUAUAGCUAUGUUUGAGUCCUCCCAAAAUGUGAUGCUGAAACCGACAGAGUCCUGGCGUGAUACCCUCCUCGACAGCAGAGUCAUGGAGCUUUUCUUUACAGUACAUCGCAAGAUCCGAGAGGAUACCGACAUGGCUCAGGACUCUCUUCAGUGCUUGGCCCAGCUUGCAUCUCUCCACGGACCUAUCUUCCCCGAUGACCGGUCGCAGGUUGAUUACUUGGCACAUUUCAUUGAAGGAUUACUUAGUACUAUUAAUGGGAUAGAAAUUGAGGAUUCGGAAGCCGUGGGAGUUUCAAAUAUAAUCAGCAAUUUGAUAACUGUUUUUCCACGAAAUAUUUUGACCGCCAUUCCUAGUGACCUUUUCUCCUCGUUUGUGAACUGUUUUACACAUCUCACAUGUUCCUUUGGACGAAGUGCUGCCCUGGAGGAAGUGCUCGACAAAGAUGACAUGGUGUACAUGGAAGCCUACGAUAAGCUGCUAGAAUCCUGGCUCACCUUGGUACAAGAUGAUAAACAUUUCCAUAAAGGCUUCUUUACUCAACAUGCCGUCCAGGUCUUUAACUCUCAUAUCCAGUGUCACCUAGCUGCUCCGGAGGGCACAAGGAACUUGACUGCUAAUGGUGUUGCUUCUCGGGAGGAAGAAGAAAUAAAUGAAAUUCAAGAGGAUGACCGUGACUUGUUUUCUGACCAACUAGCGAGCGUUGGCAUGCUUGGCAGGAUUGCAGCAGAUCACUGUAUACCUCUACUUACGAGCUUACUAGAGGACCGAGUGACCAGACUUCAUGGGCAGCUGCAGAGGUACCAGCAACACUUGCUAGCUUCCCCAGGAUCCGGAUCGGGCUCUACUGAUAACAAAGUGCUGGAUGAUCUCUAUGAGGACAUUCAUUGGCUUAUCUUAGUUACAGGCUACCUCUUGGCUGAUGAUACUCAGGGUGAGACUCCGUUAAUACCUCCAGAAAUAAUGGAAUAUUCCAUUAAGCAAUCAACGGAGGUUGACAUCAACACAACACUACAGGUUCUGGGAUCUCCUGGGGAGAAGGCUUCCUCCAUACCUGGGUGCAACAGAACGGAUUCCGUCAUCAGGUUGCUCUCUGCAGUUUUGAGAGUAUCGGAAGUAGAGACUCGAGCCACAAGGGCAGAUUUAACACACCUCUUAAGUCCCCAAAUGGGAAAAGAUAUUGUUUGGUUCCUGAAGCGUUGGGCAAAAACCUACCUUCUCGUGGAUGAAAAACUAUAUGACCAGAUCAGUAUGUCAUUUAGUACGGCAUUUGGGGCGGACACAGAAGGUGCUCAAUGGAUCAUUGGUUAUCUCCUAGAGAAAGUGAUUAGCAAUCUUUCUGUGUGGAGCUCAGAGCAGGAAUUGGCCAACGACACUGUCCAGUUACUGGUUACUUUGGUAGAACGGAGAGAGAGAGCAAAUGUAGUCAUUCAUUGUGAAAACUGGUGGAAUUUGGCUAAGCAGUUUGCACGAAGAAGUCCACCCCUUAACUAUCUAUCCAGCUCUGUUCAGAGGACACUGAUGAAAGCUUUGGUUCUUGGGGGAUUUGCCAAUAUGGAUUCAGACAUGAAACAACAGUACUGGACAGAGGUCCUGCAGCCUCUUCAGCAACGGUUUUUGAAUGUCAUCAAUCAGGAGAACUUCCAGCAGAUUUGCCAAGAGGAGGAGGUGAAGCAGGAGAUUACCGCUACACUGGAAGCCCUCUGUGGCAUUGCAGAGGCUACUCAGAUUGACAAUGUAGCAAUCCUCUUCAAUUUCCUAAUGGACUUUUUAACGAACUGCAUUGGUUUAAUGGAAGUCUACAAGAACACCCCAGAAACUGUGAACCUCAUUAUCGAAGUAUUUGUAGAAGUUGCACAUAAACAGAUCUGUUACCUUGGAGAGUCAAAAGCCAUGAACCUGUAUGAAGCAUGCCUGACUCUGCUUCAAGUAUAUUCCAAGAAUAAUAUGGGCAGGAAGCGCAUUGAUGUAACAGCCGAGGAGGAUCAGUAUCAGGAUCUUUUGCUCAUUAUGGAACUUCUCACCAACUUGCUCUCCAAAGAGUUCAUUGACUUCAGUGACACAGAUGAAGUUUUUAGACCGCACGAGCAAGGACAAGCUACUAACAGGCCAGUAUCUGCAGCAGACGUGGUUUUAUUUGGAGUAAAUAUUGUGCUGCCCUUAAUGUCUCAAGAUCUACUAAAGUUCCCUUCACUCUGCAAUCAAUACUACAGACUCAUCACUUUUAUAUGUGAAAUUUUCCCUGAAAAGAUUCCUCAGCUUCCUGAAGACCUGUUCAAGAGCCUGAUGUACUCGCUGGAGCUGGGAAUGACAUCAAUGAGUUCGGAGGUCUCCCAGCUUUGCCUUGAAGCAUUAACCCCACUAGCCGAGCAGUGCGCUAAAGCACACGACACAGAUUCUCCUCUUCUACUAGCAACUCGACAUUUUCUUAAGCUGGUUUUUGAUAUGCUCGUUCUGCAAAAACACAACACGGAAAUGACGACGGCGGCAGGGGAAGCAUUUUACACUUUAGUUUGUCUAAACCAGGCUGAAUAUGCAGAACUUGUGGAAUCUUUGCUGUCAAGUCAACAGGAUCCCAUCAUUUACCAACGACUAGCGGAUGCAUUCAACAAGCUAACGGCCAGCAGUACUCCUCCAACUCUUGACCGGAAACAGAAGAUGUCUUUCCUCAAAAGCCUGGAAGAGUUUAUGGCCAAUGUUGGAGGUCUCCUUUGUGUUAAAUAAGAGGCCAAAUUCCAGACCCUUUCUGCAAAAUGCACUGAGAAAAUAUAAAAUAGCAGACCGCUGUCUAAAAUCCCCCCUCCACCCCAUUGGUCCCCAGGCCUUGCACAUGCAUCUCUGGGUGGUUUCAGAAGAAACAAAGUUUAUUGGGGGGCUGUAAAAAUGAAUUCAGCUACAUGACUGUGCGGCACGAAUUUUGUGCUUUAAUGAAUGGAUGGGUAAAUGUAUUUUUUUAACAAAUUUCCAUAUACCUGCAAGCGGAUAGUAGGAGCCAAUCUAUCGUUUUGCAGUGCCUUUCCCUUGGUCAGAAGCAUACAUGGUUGAUGAAAGUUUUGAUUCUUAAAACCUUACUAGACUGAAUGUGCAAAAUACCAACAUCUAGAAAGGUUUUGGCACGUGUGAGUUUUUAUAUGUUUAUUUUUUUGUGUGUUUUUUUUAACUCCUUUUCCCCUUCGCUUCUGAUUCAACGGUUAUACCAAAUGGCAUUUUAAGGAGGAGGGAAGAAACCGUUGGGAUUAUUUUGUGCACAUGAGGAAAAAAAGUUUUGCAUGUUUUUUUUAUGUUUUGUUAAUUUUCUACUUUUGGUCCAGCGAGGAAUCAAGUAAGAAGAAAAGAAAAAUUAAUUCUAUAUAUGUAUUUGUUUCUUAGAAUGGAUCCUAGGAAAUGUCACCAUUUCAUUGCCUUAAAAAAAAAAUAUUUCUAUAUGUAUAUAGAAUGUGUAUAUGAUUUUGGUUCAUUUUCCAAAAGCAGGUUAAAAUGUCAAAGUGGUUUGUAAAUCCCCCUGCCUUGACCGGGCAGCCCAAAACACUUUACUGGGAUCAUCUUGAUGCUGAGGGAUCUUGAGAGCUUUGUUAAUGGGAUUUCUGUUUGCACAAACCCAGAUGUGACUCCUUUUUUUAAUUCUCUGUUGGACUGUUAUUUUCAGCAAUACAAAUUUAAAGAUUUGAGUGCCGGUAAGGUUGGGAAGGGGAGAACGUGGCUGCCAAUUUCUAAAUACACUAUUUUUGAGUUCAGGCACUAGGUGAUGAAACGUAUGCUAAUUGUGCUGUCAAAUGUUUCCUGUGUGCUUAUUUUUUUUUCUUUUUUAAAUUUGUAUAAAAUGUACAGUAUAAACAUCUGAGAUACCGCUGUGUUUGUAUAGAGAACUUUUUACAAAAAAAACAAAACAAAAAAAAAUUAAAUCCCCUCCAAAAAAGGGUUGCUCACAUUGCAGGGAAUACAAUGCAACCUAACACACGUACCCACUCCCGUAAGGUAACGGAUUCAUGUCUAGGGGAAGACGAAUGGUUACAAUGUUGGUACCUAGACAAAAUAAGAGUUGAAUGCUCUAUUAUUCUAUUGAAGGAUCCGAUUAAGCUCUGCACUGCUUUUAUCCCAUAGAGAGCAGUGUGACAAUAUCUGGCAUUCUCUUAAUAAAGCAUGUUACAUGCAAUUAGAUGG